AUGCUGUCAUCUCACUUGUCUCAAAUUUGUUUCUCUUGCAGGGAUUCGUGUGAAAAUUUGCCUCAAGAUCUCUUCAAAAGAUCUACAGAUUUGCUUAACCUUAACGUUGCCGAAGCAUACUUGAAGGAGGCCCGUUUCUACGACCCUGUGAGAGAGAGGCUACACAAUAGGAGGUAUGACCAAAAUCUUGAAGAGGCAAGAUUCUUGGGAUCAACAUUGGGUUGGGUUGUUAUGUCCGACUCCAUUGUCGGAAUCCCACGCGAAGACCACCAAACUUUCCUAUACAACCCUUUCACUUCACAACGGUACGAACUACCCCCUCUCACUAUUGAAGACCCACAUCUCAAGAGUGUGCUCCGUUACGGUGUUCUCACCGGAGAUCCACGUGAAGACAACACUUAUGCUUGUCUCGUCGCCGAUAGCCUUCACGCUAAUCUUAUGGCGAUAGGGAAUACGCAUCCUCCUAGUCUACAUUUAUAUUAUGUAGCCAAGAGGAACGGAGAAUGGGAUCAGAACUGGUCAGUGACUCGUAUCCCUACCCAUAACCUUCCAGUUGUUGGUUCGACAAUAGAUUCCAUCUCCCCAUCUGCGGACAAAAUAUCAAUUAUAGGAUGGGGCCAUAGUUUUGACUUCACCUUCCAAAGCCAAGAUUGGAAUGUCACAAAUAUCAAUUAUACCAUGGAAUGGAAUCCUUUCCACGGCCAAUCUUUUGAUCAGAUCAAACAUCGACUUCAGAUAGAUCCACAAACUCUAGACAUCAUCGGCACUAAAACUGAUCGCGAAAGAGUGAAAAACCGCAUUUGGUUUGUUAUAAACCAAAUCAUUUCCCACAUUGACGGAGUUUGGGUUGAGGUUCGCGCUUAG